CCUGGAAUUUAGUGCAUGCCAGAAGGGAACAGUCGUCAGUUGCUUCUAAAUCAUGUGACUAGUGACAGUAAAGUUCAUUCAAGACACGACAGCGCUAUGGGCAUCACACGAAAGUACAUUGCGAACCUGAAGGAUUUGCCUACGAGAGUACAGGAUGAAAACGAUUGUACCUCUGAACCCUUCACAAAACCAAGGCUGUGUUGUAAAAUGGUUAACAAGAUAAGGAACACUUUAGUGUCAACAGAAACAUUUCUACAGAAAGAAAAUAUCACCUUGGACACAUAUAAGCGUAUCAUAAGAGACCUGGUAAUACAUCUGGACAGAGUCACAACAAAGGUUUUUGUAAAUUCCCUACCUUACAAUGUGAUGGAUGACCUGGGGUUGCAAGAAUGUGAAGCUUUUGUUCUCAGGUGGUCUGAAGAGCUUAGGAAAUUACAAUCCGAAUACAGAAACCACUUAGACCAGAUUUCCAAUAUUAAGAGAUUGAGUUGGAGUCUGGAUGUAUGUCUAAAAACCAGAGAAGACCAAAUUCAGAAAGUUCAGAAAGAAUUUCAGUGGUUUAUUAAUAUUUUGAAGUCCCUUCCAAAGUCUUCAGUGUGUCAAGACGGAUUUGCUAGAAUUGAGUUGUUGAAUCUCUACAGACAGUGGAAGAAAGGCCAGCUUAUCAGUAUGCUUCCUAUCAUGGACUUUAUCAUGAAGACACUACUUAAGGAAAAGGAUUCAAUUUUGAAAAGGAAGCUUCAACCUAAAUCAGCUUAAGUGGAAAAAGAAAGAGAAACAUUUCAUCAGAUGCAAAGAGAAAUGACUGGGUAUUGGCUUGCCUGGAGUAAACUCACACUGGAAUUGUGAAAGGAAAGGCUGAAAGAAGCACUAUAGUGCAUAUACAACAAAGCUGGGUAGUAAGAAAGGCUAAUAUAAAUUGGUUUACAGUUCAUCUAUAUAUUCAAAAAGGAAAGUGUGUUUCAGUCUUUUUAAUUUAACAAAUUAUCAUUUUUUGGAGCUUUGGCAUUGCCGCCUUUUUGAAUAUAUAAUUUGCACUUUUUGUGUUUUGGCUAAGCACCCAGUAAAGAGUGAUGUGCAUCAUUUUGUACAGUUUUUCUCUCCAACUCUGUCUCUACACCAAAGUAUGACAAGGAUUAAAUGUCUUCUUUUCUGACUGCAUUUCUGCCAUCACAACUGAUUCAAACUUUUUGCAUGCUUUGUUUAAUGUAAAUAAAGACACUAACAGAAGACAUCUGCAACACCGUCAAAACCACACCCGAGGCAAAAUGUUUUUCAUUAAGAACUUUUGUUUCCGACACAUCUUACAUUGAGUAUAGACAUUUUUUGUAUCAUACUUGCUGGACAUUUAUGGGUUUGCGUAUACUUGUUAAAUUAUGUAUUUAUUUAUGUAGUACAUGUUUCUGCUGUGUAACGUACUUGACUGAAUAAAAAAAAUUGAAAUUAA